AGUUGUAGGACGAUUAUUGCAUAGAAUCGUGCGAAUAUUAUUUAUUAAAAUUUGUAAAAUAUUAGUUUAUGCAAUUCUCAUAACAAGGAGUAACUAGGAGUGACAUAUUAUGUUGUUAAGUUUUGAAAAACUUAAAAUGAUAUAUAAAAGCUGUGUGACGUAUCAGACAUCUGUAUUCAACCUCUUUAUUGUUUGACUGAAUACCAGCUUUUGUUAAUUACAGUGGUGUUGUUAAUCAUGAAUUAAAAGGAGCCUCUAUAUUUCUAAAUGUUUUGAAUCAUGGAAGAUAGUGGUAUUGAUAGUGAUCCUAAAGCUGUUAAUCACGUUGAGGAUGAAAGACUCUUCUUGGGUAGUGAUAGCAGUUGUAGCAGUAAUAACACACAGGUUUCUCAACGGAAUACAACGAAACAGCUGCAAAAGAAACUUGAGAUACGCAUUGAACAGGCGAAACGAAUCCAACGCAACUCAGAUUACAUAAAACUUCCGAAACAUGACAAUGAAAAUGCAAGCAGUUCUGCCGGAUUGAUAUCAAUACAAAGAUUGCCUAUACCACGUAAAAAUAAGGAGCACCUUCCUUUAGUUGAAUACUGGCACAGCGAAAGUGAAAGUGAAAAUGAAAUGACUCUCUUUCCGACGAAAUCGAAGGAUUCCUCAAAGCACAAACAAGAUCUCACAGACACGUUCAGCAUCGGGGAAUUAAGUGACGAAAGCGAGGACUCUUUGAACUUGGAUUCAGCACAACCACCACAUCCCUUCAUGCGAACUUACGUACCUACUGGGUGUUUUGCUUGCCAUUGCCAUAUAUUAUAAUGUAAUAUAGUUUGCAUACUGGACUGAUCUCAUUCAAACUGAUUAUUAUUUAAGUAUCAAUAUGUCAUUGAAAGCAUAUUUAGAAAGAUAUUACAUUUUUGCUAAGUAAUUAUGUUUCCGCGUUUAUUUUGAGUUAUGAAAUCAAUUUGUUGUAUCAUAUUAAAUCAUCAUUGUUUACAGAGA